AGGAGGCAGAAAUGGAAGCUGCAGCUGCUUUAUGACGUACCAGAAAUGUGCAGACGCCCCACAUCCCACAGACGGAGCUGCGCUUGCACAGGAAAGGUUUGAGGUUCUGGGUCCGACACCACCAUGUCUCAGCGCGGGUCUCUGACGGCGGUGGUGACGGCGCUGCUCGGCGCCGCCCUGGGCGGCCUGGUGGCCUGGCGGGCGUACCGGGCCAGAAGGAAGAAGCUGCCUCCCGGCCAGGAGGCGGAGCUCCCCGCGGAGGCCCCGCCCCCCUCAGAAGAAGAGGAGGAAAUCACAGCGGUGGCGGCGGAUCAGGACGUCCAGCCGCUGCCAGAUCCAGCACAGGAGUCCGUGGAGACUCCGCCCCCUCUGCAGGCCCCGCCCCCUCUACCAAUCCCGUCGCUCUGCCAGCUGAUGGGGGCGGAGCCUGUGACCGUCAGCUCGGAGGAGGAGUGGCGGCGGUUCCUGCCGCGGCUGCAGCACGACCUGGAUCUCUUCCCCGCGCUCGGCCUGGACUGUGAAUGGGUAAAGACCGGCGGCGUGUCGGUGAAGGGCCGCGUCUCCUCCGUGUCUCUGGUGCAGAUGUCCUCCUACUCCGGGCUCUGCGUGCUAGUGAGGCUGCUGGCCUUCCGGGGGGGGCAGCACCCGCUCCCCCCCAGCCUGGCCCAGGUGCUCCGGGACCCCAGGGUGCUCAAGGUCGGGGUCGGCUGCCACGAGGACGGGAAGAGGCUGGCGAGAGACUUCGGCCUGGUGGUGACGAGUACGGUGGACCUGCGGUACCUGGCGCUGAGGCAGAGGGAGGCGUCUGUGAGCAACGGCCUGAGCCUGAAGUCUCUGGCGGCCGACCUGCUGGACGUGUCGCUGGACAAGUCUCUGUCGCUGAGAUGCAGCGACUGGGAGGCCGAUCAGCUGACGCUGGAGCAGGUGACGUACGCCGCCAGGGACGCCCAAGUCUCCAUGGCUCUGUUCCUGCGGCUCCUGGGCCUGCAGGCGGACUCUGACCCCCCCAGCGAUGCCGCCCUGCCCGGCACCGCCCCCGCCCUCUCCUCCUACACCGAGCUGGCCUCCCGCUGCCAGGGCCUGGUGGACGUCCCGUUCCGGGGCCGGGGGGGCAGCGAGGACCCGGAGAAGCGGCGGAGGAACCGUAAACCGGCGGCGGCCGAGACUCCCGAGUCUGGAGAUCAGCAAGUCCCAGACCCGCGGAGGAACGGCAGGAACCGGAAACCGCUGGGCGUCGGAUACUCCGCCAGGAAGUCUCCUCUGUACGACAACUGCUUCCUGUACGCUCCGGACGGCCAGCCGCUCUGCACCUGCGACAAGAAGAAGGCCAAGUGGUACCUGGACAAGGGUAUUGGAGAGCUGCAGAGCGCCGAACCCUUCGCCGUGCGGCUGCUGUUCGAGCCGUCGGGCCGGCCCGACUCCCAGCACGACUACUACCUGACGGCCAAGGAGAACCUGUGCGUCGUGUGCGGCAAGGCCGACUCCUACAUCCGCAAGAACAUCGUCCCUCACGAGUACCGGCGCCACUUCCCGGCGCAGAUGAAGGACCACAACUCCCACGACAUCCUGCUGCUGUGCACGUGCUGCCACGCCGCCUCCAACGUGCACGACGGCCUGCUGAAGGCGCGGCUGGCCGAGGAGUUCGCCGCGCCGCAGGGCUGCGAGGACGGCGUGCGGCUGCUGGAGGACUCGGACCGGCGCCGGCUGCGCUCGGCCGCCCGGGCGCUGCUCGGCGCCGGCGCGGCGCUGCCGGAGAGACGGAGGGACGAACUGCAGGCCGUCGUCAGGGACGCCCUGGACAUGAACGAGGACGACGAGAUCAGCAGCAACACGCUGCAGGAGGCCGCCAACAUGGAGACCAGGCUGUUCAACGAGGCGUACGUCCCCCACGGCCUGAAGGUGGUGCAGGCUCACGCCGAGCGGGGUCUCCGGGGCCUCAUGGAGCUGGAGCGCCGCUGGAGGCAGCACUUCCUGUCCGCCAUGACGCCGCGGCACCUGCCGCCGCUCUGGGCCGUCGACCACAACCACGGCAAGUUCCUGCGCAAGUACGGCGAGGACCUGCCCGUCAAGCUCAAGUGACGGCCCGGGUUCCCGGACGGGCCCGUCGGGACUGGACUAUUUUUAACCUUUAAAGAGAAUCUAAUUAUUUAUGAGAAGAAAAGUUAACGAGAUGAACUGAAGCGUUUUUUUACGUGGAAGAGCUGCAGCCUGCUCUUAGGCCCCGCCCCCUUGACCCCUGACCCCCGUCACCUGCAGGUCGCAGCUCGCCGGCCCGGUUUCCCAGAAAACACCUCGGCAUCAAACUUCCUCUUUUUUUUGCCCUAUUUCCUUAAAAGAAAAGAGGUUUUGGUGCCGAGGUUCGUUUGGACGUGAACGUUUCCCGCUCCGGUGGUUCUUAUCAAGAAACUGAUCCCCGCUGGUAGAUGUCGGCACCUUUGACCCGGUCACUUCCUCCCCGGAUGUCCCGUCACCGUGUCAAUGCCCCGGUGGGCGGGGACUCCCCCAUGGCCCGUGUUUUAACGGGCCUCUUAACCCCCCCAGCCCGGCCGGACCCGCGUCGCCGCAGCGGGUCGUGACAUCACUUCCUCUUAAACCUCCGCUCCGUCACGACGUCGUUGAACAGAAUUCAGACUCUGCAGAGAAAAAGGUGCCGAACCCCAAACCGAAUCUGGACCGUGGCCCGAUCCUGAACCGAUCCCGGGCCAAAUCUGGGCCGACAUUUCCCUUGACCCCGAGCUGCCUCUGGG